AUGUCAGGACCGGGCUCCACCAACCCUCUGCCACCUCCGACAGCAGGCUGGGACAAUGGCCCAUCCAAACUGGAAGUUAAAGUGAAGGAGAACGAAAAUCACCUCGAGGCAAUUGGACCUACAGAGAGCCAUGCACUUGCUCAGAUAGGCCAGGAUGAAAAAGGUCUGGCUCAGGAAGCCAGCGAUACCAACGAAGUGACGGAUCUGGGGUGGGAACAAUCACCUGAAGGCCAGAUCGUGGCUGGCCUAUCGAAUGAGGAUCUUUGGAUGCUUAUCAGACGGUUCAAUAAGCAAUUAUAUUAUGUGAAGGCUGUCCCAGAUGCCCCGUUACAAAGAUUGGAUCUAAACCGCGCAGAAGAUGAACAUUUCUCACCAGAUAAAUUGCGGGCGACCCUUGAGCGUUUCUAUACGACGAUUGUUGUGUCACUGGCUGCAUUCUACAAGCAUAUUGCCAGAUUACGUUCGUGGAGAGAGCCUCGGCGAACAGGAGCAUUCUGUGGAGUAUACUUCCUUGCAUGGCUUUUGGACUUUCUUGUCCCGAUGAUAUUCUGUGGCCUAAUUGCUCUUGUUGCUUUCCCUCCGUGCAGGACGUGGCUAUUUCCCCCUGCGCCUAUCGCUCUUGUUGACAGCAAUACUGGGGGCGUACAGAAACCCAAAGCCGGCGUGCUAGGCUCUCACGAUAGUAUCACCGGAGCACCGGAGAAAAUGAAAGGCGAAGCUGCCGAGCAAGAGGCCAGUAACUUAAUCGCCAGUGCAGCUACUGUCGCAGUGGGAAGCGUUGCUGGUAAGCAUGAUCAGGGGACGCCAGAAGAUGCUCCCUUGGAAUCGUCCAUUCCCGAUGCCAUGGAUGCUGUUUCCGAAGCAGCAGAUGCACAAACUGCCGCUCAUGGAGGAGUACCGGCUGGCUCUCACGACAAGACCAGGCAGCCUAUGAAGGAGACGGUGCUCAAUGGUGCGAAUAUGGGCAUGCGCAUCUUGAGUGACAUAGUGGAUACCUACGAAAGGCUUGGGAAUGCCCUGUCACCAACACCGCCAUUUUCGUCUACAACCCCAUGUCUACGGUUGGUGAGCGUUUUAUCUCUUGGGUUACUCGGGUCACUUAUGACAUCAAGCUAUGUGUUUGUCAAGAUGAGCACUUUCACGGUGGGAUUCGGUUUCUUCGGGGACCCGGUUUUUGCCCGCCUCACUGCGUACUUGAACCGCAAAUACCCAGGCUGGAUCAAACUCCUUGAAUUGCAGAACUCGCUCUUGAAAGGAAUCCCCACAAAUGCCCAGCUAACCUUAACCCUCCUACGUAUCGGCGAAAGAAAUGCAGCCCCCUUACCACCACCACCUUCAGACUCAUUACUCAAAGCACCUUCCCACCCCACAUCCCUCAACCCUAGCGAAGUCAACCUAGAUGCAACAGAAGAAGAAAUAGCCCAAGCAGCCGCCCCAGACCCCUUAGUCCAACCGCAGCACGGAGAGGAAAAAUUACAAACAGACAAGCCCAAGAAAACACUGGGCUCCCGUGUUGUCAACUUCUUUCGAGGAACAACGGCCACGGGCAUCGAAAGCAAACUUGCGGUGGACCGGGUCCGGGCAGCUGCCGGGUCAAAGCACGGCAAAGCCCGAGUUGGAAUUCUCAGCAAGAAGGGGGAAAUGAGGUCACCUUCAGGACCGGUCCAGUUUGACGCGAGGUACAAGGGGAAGCGAGGGGCCGUGGUGAUUGAUUCAUCGCUUGAUACGCCGUUGUUGUAUUUCACGACGGAUCCGACUGCGGAGUUGAGUGAUCAGAAGCUUGAAAGUAGGGGGAAGGGAACUGUGUUCUUCAGCAUGCCCGUAACUGAUAUUCGGGAGUUGCGGAAGAUUGGAGGAUUUGGGUGGAAGGGGAAGUUAGCUGCUGGAUGGGCGGUGGGAAGUAAAGAGGUGGUUGAUGGGCUGGAGAUCGUUGGGAAGGAUCCAAAGCACCAGCAUUAUCAACUAACUGCGAUGAAGACGAGGAAUCAAUUGUUCAAUCGCUUGGUGGCUAUUGAUGGACAGGUUUGGGAAAGCUAUUAA